AUGAUAUACUACUCACCGCAUCGCAAAGUGCAUCGCCGGUGGAGAGGGCCCACUCGACUCUGCCGCACCACGACCGCCAUACAGAUCCUCCUCUUCCUGACCGUCUCCCUCGCUGUGUGCGGCCUGCUUGAAAUGAGCGACAUGGGUGUCUCCCUUCUCUCGUCCUCGGGCCAGGGCGUGCUGGAUAUUCACAACGACAACGGCGCCGGUGGUGUUGGAGGCGGAGGAGAAGGCGAGGGGCAAAUUGAACAACACAAGAAGCCCGAGCGGCCCUCGACGCAGAGAAAAUAUACAUACAAGUACACAACGUUGGACGGGUACUUCCUCCAAGACGACCCCUCGACAGUCGCGGCGGAGUUCGACUUCAUGGCCACGAACUUUGGCCUCAUCGACCGUGAAUACGAUUCAGAUGCCGCACUCCCUGACAACGGCCGGGACAUGACGCCGUGGCAGAGAUUCGAACACCAUAUCUCCUCACUGAACCGCACAGCGCAGGAAGAUGAAGAAGCUGGCGACAGAAGGAAUAUAAAACGACAUGGAGCUUCGGCGAGGUAUCUACUGCUCUUCCUCGGCCGGCAUGGCAAUGGUUACCACAACAUUGCUGAGCGCUACUAUGGCAAUGUGGCAUGGGACUGCCACUAUGCGGCUCUCGAUGGCGACCCGGACGGGAUCAUGACCUGGAGCGACGCCCACCUGUCCAAGGAAGGACAGCGGCAGGCGCGGGAGGUCAAUACGUUCUGGCGGAAACAGAUCGCGGAGCAGAAGAUGAGCCUGCCGGAACUGUGGCUGGCGAGUCCCCUCGAUAGGGCGAUGGAGACCGCCGACAUCACGUUCCAGGGCAUCCUCCCCGACAGAGCGAAGCUGGAGGCCAUUGUGAUGGAGAAGCUGAGAGAAGGCACCGGGAUCCAUACGUGCGACCGACGGAGUGAUGUUUCCUACAUCCGACAGCGGUUCCCGAGCUUCAACGUCGAUUCGGACCCGUAUCUGACCGAAACAGAUGAGUUCUAUGAUGCCGACCGACGUGAGCCGGAGAGCGCGUUGACGGAGCGUCUGAGGGCAUUUAUGGAUAGUCUCAUGGGCCGCCAUGAUCUGAUUGACGGGAGAGAGAGGGUCAGCAUCACCAGUCACUCCGGAGCCAUUGGUGCCCUGUUGAGAGUGUUAGGCCACAGGCAAUUCAGUUUGGGCACAGGAGCUGUCAUUCCUGUCUUUAUCAGGAUUGACAAAAUUCCCCUCGACGACGGUCCCGAUGACGAGGACAAAUCGAGCAAGGCCAAGCGGCACGGCGGAUCGGGAGAGGGUGGAAACCAUGAAGACCCCACGCUGGACUUGCCUGACCUUGACCAACCCGACCACAGUGAUAAUGGUGCCAAAGACAAUGAGAAUGCGAAACAACCGUCAGACAGCGACCUCAACGACCGCUCGAAAUGGAAGCCCAUUCCCUCCUGCCCCGCCGACCUGGACCUCUCGACUGUUGGCCGCAUCCGCUGGGGUGUCGGGUUGAGAGAGUAUCUCGAGGGGGUAGAGAAUGGCACGGUCUCGAUGGAGGAGGUGGCGUUUCGAUUUACAGCCUGA